AUGACUGCUCGUUGGCGUCCUAGAGCUGUUGAGCCUCGCCGCUUCGAAACAGGCAUGCCCUUCUCUUAUCAAUCAGCAGCUGUUGAUCUCCGAGAUGAGGGCAUCACCGAAGCAGAGGCUCGCAAGCGCCUUUCGUCAUAUGUUGUCGUUCAUAUUGAAAAGUCGUUGCCUGCCAUCGACGGCGAAGGCAAUCUCAUACCUUCGACCUGGGACAAAGCAUCUCACACGGUCUUGAGUGACAUACCUCAGCAAGAGGCGAGACAUAGCGUACGUGAGCUUAAUCGAGAGACGGGCUGCGUAUCGGAUAAGAAGAGUGAGCUUUCAUCGGCCCUUCAACGGCAGUUGGAGCGUGCGCACACUCGACUGGAGAAUAUGGAACCGGAUUGUCGCUAUAUCUAUACACUUGUCCAGCUAGGAUGGAAGUUCAGGAAGAUCGAAGCUCCAACAGAGUACCAUGGAAGGCGUGGCAAGCAUGGCAGCAAGGAUAGGAGGAGAGACAAAGAACGACAUAAAUCCAAGCCUAGGAAAGAACGAGUUUCCGUGACGGCAUACUUUAAGAGAGAACCAUCUAGCAAUGCAAAUUGCCUCAAGAUGUAUAACCGCCAGCAAGGAGACAAGAAAGGAUAUGGACGUCAACUGAGCUCAUCUAGAAUGGAGCGCCAGCUUACUCCUGGAUCACAAAGUUCCAAAAGUUCAACCACAUCCUUCAGCUCUUUCUCCAGCAACGAUUCUCAUGACAAUCCAACGCCAAACUCUUCUGUUGACGACAUAUCUGCUCAUCGCAACUACGAAGAGGGACGAGGGCGAAGUAGGUACCGCCAAAGCAGGAACGGGGAGCCCUUGGAGAUUAUGGUAGCCCGCCCUCGGCCACGACGUGAUUCAGUGGGCAGAUAUGACUGUAUUCCUCCUCCGGUGCCUGAUCCUACCAGACCAGAGCCCACGCCUGCAAUGGACUCCCCGAGGCGCAUGGCAAGAUCUCGGUCUGUGAGGGACUCAUCACGCCAACCUCGCCUUAUCCAAAGCCCUCUUGAGAAACAAAGAGGCCAUAUCCACAAUGUUCCAUACCAUUCAUCGAGUGGUAAAGAUGUGAAACAGCUGGGUGACAGAUUCAGCCGUGCAUCACUGGCAGAUGAGCCCAGGAACGGUUACCCAGAGACGGCUUCCGACCUUGUGACUCACCACACUUACAGAGAGCCGUUGAGACAAUAUCAUGGGGAAGGUGAUGAAGAGCUAAGAGUGCCAGAACCCAGUGGUACUGUCUGGCGCAAGCAAGAUGCGCAGCGAUAUAUGAAUAGCAGACGGCGUUUUGAUCAGGAUCCGUGGGAUCUGGGCCGCAGCAGUCCAUUGCUGUAUGCAGAGAGUGGUAGAGAGUAUAGGUGA